CAAAUUACCACCCGCGCACAAUCACCCCCCGGGCAACAGAGCUCGCCGCACAAUCACCACACGGGGAGCAUUAUAUAUUCUGGCCUUUUUCUUUUGAAAUGCCAUUUGUCUGAUACAAGUCAUGUACACAUGUAUUUACGGUGGUGUAAACCCUCAUGCUUGCACUCGCUAGACGCAGAGGUAGAUCAGUAGAACACUACAGUCACGCGCGUUGAUACCAUUGAAAGAAGACUUGCCUACAUGACCUGUGAUCUCUAUUCUCCAGUAUUACACGUAGCUGCCUGUUAUGUACAUGUAGCAGUUUUCCCACUAGAGUCACAGCGCUUGGACUGGAUGCCAUCACUUGUUUAGCGUUCGAGUUUAAAUAUAUACAUGCUUCCAUACGGUGACAGUGUGAGUUCAGUGACUUAAUGCAGAGUAGACAUGUCUUAUCUUUAAAUCGGUCUACUGUUGGUGCUUACUUCAGAUGAGGAAGGAUCUAGCGUAGAGUUUGUGAGUAGUUGAGGAGAGUACUACUGCAUUGCCGUCUAGUUUGUUGUUGAUAUGAGUGGUCGUAUACAGUACUGAUACGGACAACGCUAGACACGUGCGCUGUGUAGUAGAGCGUCCCACUAUCUAAGAUACUCCUCAUUGUACAUACUUCGUAGUAGGUUCAUGCUUAUGUGGUCGGCUGUUGUUUCUUGUUGACAUCUUUGAGGGACGAUGGAGUGGAUAGAUACUGAAAGGGGAGGACUGAAGCUGUUGCUUGAUGGGUUCAUUUACGUGAGGAAGAAGGACCUGGCUAAUGGAUGGGAGAGCUUCGAGUGUGAAUUAAGAAGAAAUCGUAACGAGUGCAAGGCCAGGGUCAAGGUGUUAGGUGCCGACGAAUUCCGAGACAAGACAGAACACAACCAUCCUCCCGACCAUGGUAAAGCCGACGCUUACAAACUAAAGGCUGCGAUGAAGAGAAGGGCAGUCUCAACAGACGAGAGUCCCCAGCAGAUCCUGAUGGCCACCCUGCCCCAGGCGACAGAUGAAGGUGUAAUGGCUCUUCCAGGACCCACCAACAUGCGGAGGAUCAUCAGGAGGCAACGCCAAGACCAUCGGCAUUCCUUGGCGAUGAGGAAUUCAAUGAUCCCUGAAAUUAUGGGAGAUCAGAGACCACCUUUGGAAACAAGAGAAAGUCUGCUGGUACUUCCGGGAAUUGACAGCGUGUGCCAAGAUGAUCAGGAACCCUUGGCGAUUAGGAAUGCAGAGGCCCUUGCAGUUCCCCUUGAAGAUCAGCGAUCAUCUCUGGCUACAGAAGAAGGUCCAAUGGCACCUCUAGGUGUGGUGUGCCAAGACGUAGCGGAAGAUUUAGUGAUUGGGAACUCAGAGGACCUAGGAUAUCCCGGAGACCACAGAUCACCUUUCGAUUUAGACAAGGGUCUGGAGGCACGGCCAGGACUCGACAAUGUUCAGCAAGACGAACAGGAAAUAAUGAUGAUUAGGAAUUCAGAGAACUCAAAUGUGUCUGAAGAUAGGACGCCAUCAACGGCUACAGAAGAAGAUCCGACGGACCUGCCAGGACUCGACAGCAGCAGGAAGCAAGAAAACAAUCCUGAAGCAUUGUCUGCAAUGGGGAACAGUGGCGACCAAGGACUGGGGAACAGUAUUGGUGAAGGACUGGGGAACAGUGGCGGUCAAGGACCAAACGAGAGUUCUGGAAUUGUGAGACGACCGUUCUUUUCUACCUUGCUCAAGCAGAAGCGUUCCUUUGGCCACAGAGCGACCGGCCCACGAGCUAAAGUACCCACCGGCUCCAUGGGAACAGCCCAAACCUUCUGUGACCAAUCCUCCAUUGUCAAUGAACCAGGAGGAACUGGACAUUCCUCAGAAUCUGUGAUCGUGUCAGACUGCACAUAAGACUGCUAGGUUUUUACUGUCUGAAACUGUCUGGAAGUGAUACCCUUCCGGGUGAUUUUGUUGCACAUCAGAAUUGAUGUAUUCUGUGAGGUUUUAAAAUCACCAAAAUGAAGAAGAAAACAAAACCCACAUUGUUACAGUCAUAUGGUUCACAUCAAAAUGUGUAUAUGGGACUACACAAACAUGUGGCAUAAAAGUUUAGUCCUAACACUUUAACUAUUUUCUUAUCCUAUUUCGAAUAUAGAGGCAUUUGAACAACAAUCCUCUCAGGGAACAUCGACAUUCUAUGAUGCUCUUCCACACUUGAUAAUAAUAAUAAUAGUGAACAUUUAUAAUGCGCCAUGUCUGUCAAACAUGAUACUCCUGGCGCAGUUGUGUGGAAAUUGUAUAAUUGUGGGCACCUUUCUUCUGUAGCCUUUAAAUUAGAAUGAAAAUCUCACAAUUUUGUUUUUGCUUUCCCCAAACUGAACCUUCUCUUUGAACGAAAAGUUUAAAUUAUGCAAAUGCGAUCUAAUCCCUGAAGUAUUUUUUUAGGGAGACAGUGGCGUAUCCAUCAAAUGAAAGAGCUGAAGUACAAGCCAGGGUGAUAUUGGAGCUCCUUGACUUGCGUGGUGGAUAUGAGAGCUAUGAUCAUAUCUAAUAAUUAUGAGCCUUAAAAAAAGAUUACACAUAUUUGUUUGUCUUACAAAAUACUUGUAUAUACAUAUAGAAGCAGCAGUAUGGGAAAUAUUUCAAAUUAUCGACCAAGAGAGCAUACCACCUAGAACCGACUUGCAUACGACAUGGGUUUUUUUUUUUAAAAGUCCUGAUUUUUAAAUAAGUCAGUAAAUACUGUAAGGGCCAUUACACAAAGUCCCAAACCCACCACAUUGUCGUCCAUUGUUGAUAUGUAGCGUUUUCCAUGAAUCUUAGGCGUAUAAUACUUCUGUUUAAAUCGUUUUGAGCAUUGAAUGGUUUGUGGUAAUUUAUUUGUUUACAUUUCAAUGUAGUCGAUAAAGUAAGUAAUUGCUUCCACAUGUACCUGAGAAUAAUUCAAUAAAAAAGUUUUAUGAAAAGAAGAAGAUAAAGAAUA